AUGCCACCACGAAGAAGAAAGGCAUGUGCAACCACCACACGCAAACGCCGAGUCGUGAGAAGAAAGAAGGUUGAGGCCGAUUCCGAUGAGGACAUUCAACAAGCUGAACCACUCGAGGAGGUACCUCCAUCCACCAUAGAGCAACCACCAUUACAACAACAACAACAACCAAUAAUAACGGAAACUUGUAAUUCAUCCAAACGACCAUCCAUCAUAGCCUCUAAAAAACGAAGCAAUAGUAAAUUGAAAAUUGAUGAUGAAAAUUUCAAGUCCAUUUCAUUCCGAGAGCAAGAUGUUGAAAUUGAAAUUCCACGAUCCGAAGAAUAUGAAUCAGCAAAGGAAUCUGAUGCUGAAAAGCAAUGUCGGACACCAUUGGCCCAAAUCUUGCGUAAACGAACGUUUGACUCGUGUGAGAAGGAAAAUAGUCUCCAAUCUGCAAGUAAGGUGAAAGAAAUGUUCAUGGGUGAAGAACAAUUAACAUUUUUGAAAGUGUCCUAUCAACAAGAAGUUGAUAAUCGAGUGAAAAUGUUACGGGCCUUUACAAAUAGCCAAUGUACACGUUUAGAAAUGGAGAUGAAAAUGAAGAUUGCUAGUCUCCCACAAAAAAUUAGACAAAUGACUGUUGCAGAAUUUCUUCAAUAUCAUGAAGAUAUUGGUGCAUUUAUUGGAAAGAUUGUGCAUGAUGACACUUUAUCCCUAGAGAGGAGAGUGAAUUUUUUGAGAAUGGCACAUCAACCAAAAACGCCACGACCUCCCAAGCACACAUCUACCAUGGCAGCUGCCACUAACAAUGCGAACAUCAUGAAUCCACCUUCUAAUACUCCUCAAACGAAGAAGUUGAGAAUGAAGAGUGUUAAUAACAUGAACACACCAACGCAUCACAAGCAGUUGAAUAGCUAUGCAAUGAAAUAA